AGCAGCAGCAGCAGCAGCAGCAGCAGCAGCAGCAUGUCCCACGCCCUCAAGCAGGUGUUCAACAAGGACAAGACCUUCCGGCCCAAGCGCAAGUUCGAGCCUGGCACUCAGCGCUUCGAGCUGCACAAGAAGGCUCAGGCCUCGCUGAACGCGGGGCUGGACCUGAAGGUGGCAGUGCAGCUGCCCCCUGGCGAGGAGCAGCACGACUGGGUGGCCGUGCACGUGGUGGACUUCUUCAACCGCAUCAACCUCAUCUACGGCACCGUCAGCGACUGCUGCACCGAGCAGUCCUGCCCGGUCAUGUCCGGGGGGCCCAAGUACGAGUACCGCUGGCAGGACGAGCACAAGUACAGGAAGCCCACGGCCCUCUCUGCCCCCCAGUACAUGAACCUGCUGAUGGACUGGAUCGAGGUGCAGAUCAACAACGAGGACAUCUUCCCCACCAACGUGGGUACUCCCUUCCCCAAGAACUUCCUGCCCGUGGUGAAGAAGAUCCUGUCCAGGCUGUUCCGGGUCUUUGUGCAUGUCUACAUCCACCACUUCGACAGGAUCACGCAGAUGGGCUCCGAGGCUCACGUCAAUACCUGCUACAAGCACUUCUACUACUUCGUGAAGGAGUUCAACCUGAUCGACACCAAGGAGCUGGAGCCGCUGAAGGAGAUGACCUCCAGGAUGUGCCACUGAGCUCAGCCCCUGCCUGCCUCUGCUGAGGGCUCCCAGCCCCACUCCUGCGCUGGAGAUGAGACUGCAGGGUGGGAGGGGAGGAGGAGGAGGAGGACAGAGAUGCUUGGUUGAAGAAAUCUCUCUAUAUUUUUAAGGAGUUUGGAGGUCAAACUGUGACCCUGCAGGAAUAUUUUUGUAAAGAUGCUCCAGAGGAGUUUAGUUUUUUAUAGGAAUUUCUAUAAAGAAAAAAGGAAGAAAAGAAAAUGGGAAAAAAAAAGAAAAAGAAAAGAAGAAGAGAAGAGGAAAAGCUUUGGGAGGCCUUGGAGAUGCUGUCUGGGCAGGGCAGAGCCUUCCCUGCCAGCCUCUUCCCAUCCCCUCACUGCAGCAGCACCAAGGCAGCUGAGCCCAGAAGCUUCAGACAGAGCCACGGCCUGGUGCUGCCAUGGUACUGCCCUGCUGCGUGGGCACCCGGGAGGGGAGGUGCCCUGGGGGCCUUGGAUCCCCUCCCCUGGGGGGGGGCUUCUGGCUUCCAGCAUCUCUUCCCCUGGCUGUGAGCCCAGAGGUUGUGCUCCUGCUCUGCUUGGCACAUCCUGGCCCUGGGGCUUGGCCCUCCUCGAAAGGAAUCUGCAUUGGACUCCUCUGCUGGCCAGGCCAAUGCCCCUGGAGGCUCUGCCCCUGGAGGCCCUGCCCUGUGCUCCGGUGCCAGCUCUGCCCCUGUGCCCUGCAGCUGCUCCUGCCUUGGCUCAGCCUUUCCUGCUCCCAGGGCUGCUGCAGGCUCCCCCCCAGCAUCUGUCGCCUCUCUUGGCCUCUCUGUUCCUUUCUCUCGAACAGGGAGGGGCUGGGAGCAGAGGGGCACAGAGGAGGGCACAGAUGCCCACCUGGCAGCGCGAGCCCAAGCAGCCCUGUGGCAUUGAGCAGAGGGAAGGUACUGGCACAGCCCUGCCCCUGCUCCCCCCCAUGGUACUCUGAGCCUGCCUGGGGGGGCUGUGCUGGUGCCCUCUGGCCUCACUUGCUGGACCAAUUCCUGCCUCCCGCCAGGGUACGGAGCCUUCUCCCUCCCUUUUCCCCAGCAGCUUCCCCUGCCCCGGGCUGGGCGGGCACAGCUGUGGGCACACACUGCUGACCCCAGUCCCGGGCCUGCUGCCCUGGGCUGCUGGCACAGGCAGCUCCCCCUGCCUGCCCAGGGCCCCGCAGGAGGGAGGUUCUGCUCCCUCGGAGCGGGGCACAGCCUGGGCAGGGGGCAAGAGGAUUCUCUGAGCAGUGCCCAAACCCUGCCCCUCAACCUCUUCUCCUCACAGGGUUUUGGGCCUUUUGCUGGGUCUGUUUCUUGUCCUUGAGCCUGCCCAGAGCCUGCUCCGUUUGCUGCGGCUGCUCCUGGCGCUCCGGGGAGGGAACCAAUAAACGAAGUUGCCUUCA